AUGUUCACAUACCUCAGAACGUUGGCACACCGCCACAAGCGCAAGCUCAUCGUGACCACAUCCAUCGCGACACUCGUCUACUUGGCGCAGUGGUACGUGCGCAAGCGCAUCGCCGACUUCCAGGCCCGGCUUUCCGAAGAGAAGUUCGCGCGGGAGCAGAUCCGCAGACGUUUCGAACAGACACAGAAAGAUGCGUACUACACGAUCUUGUCGCUCUUACCGGUGAUGGCGGCGCCCAUUUUCGAGCGGUUGCCGGUGGAGAACAUCACAAAGUCGCUCCAAAUGAAGCGCGCGCCGGGCGCCACUCCGGCAUCGUCCGUCAACAUCUUGAACGUCGCCGUCAGCCUGAACGACGAGGCGUUGGACGCAUACAGCGCAAAGUCGAAGGCGGAGUUAUGGACGGAGUUGAAGAUCCAAAGUGUGACCCGGCUCUUGACGUUAGUUUACGCGAGCUCCGCGUUGUUUGUGAUUACCCGGCUCCAGUUGAACAUCUUGGCGCGCCGGUCGUACUUGGAAUCGGCUAUCCAGGUGGCUAACUCGAAGCAGGGCAGCGCGCUCACGGGCCUCACGCUGCUCUUUAGUGCGCCACGCGCCGCGCCGCAAGCGCAGACGGAUGAGGACGAGGAGGACUACUACUGCGAGCAGGCGUAUGUCAGUAUGAGCUGGUGGUUGUUGAACCACGGCUGGAUGGCGUUGCACGAGAAGGUCCAGGCGGCCGUGGAAGGUGUGUUUGCUGACGUCAGCCCGCGGUCCGAGUUGUCCAUCGACGACUUGUCCAGCUUGCUUGCUGACACUGUUGACGUAAUCGAGAUGAACAACAAGCACGAGUUGUUGAGCUCCUUCUUCCCAACCAACAUUGAGCUUGAGAUGUUUGUGUUGAGACACACCAAUCCUGAAAUGGUUCACGCGUUGCACGACCGCGGUUCUACGCUCCGCGUGUUGACGGACGAGACGAAGCGGUAUAUCUUUGCCGAGCCCACGUUUCUCGUGUUUAACCGCUUGGUGAAUGUGAACAUCGACACGUUGUUGAACAAUAUCUUGAACAACGUGGGGGACAACACCGCUGGAAAAUUCAAGUUGGCAUCGUUGUUGGCGCAGAUCACGAAGCAGAGCAACGAGCUCGCGAAGGCGAACGGGAUUAAUGACUAUUUGGCCAACAUGGAUGCUUUACCGGAGUUGGACGAGUUGAGCGCUGGGGUCUACUCCAACUUUGAUAAUUAA